AUGACUUGGGAUCCGACCUGGAAGGCCACACCAUCUAAGAUGAAGCCUAUCCGAUUGAAGGGCUCUCGUCGUAAGAAAGGAGUUCCAUCUGUCUUCCGAGCCUUCCCCUUUGAAAUCCAUUCAAGGUUUCAACUUGCUGAGUCUCGGAAUAAGUUCCGUGGGCGUCAACAAGCUAAUUGGUUAGGCGCGUUGUGGUUUCCUUGGACGAGGUAUUGUUUUGACCCUAACAACGAACUCAUCUCGCAGAUAGGUUGUUCUGCAUUUGAGGAAGCUGUUAGAGUCGGACAUCCUUGUCCAGAGUUUGCUGAGGUUAUGCCCAGCCUCGGCCGACUAGGAAAGCAGACGGGGAUACAAUCAAUAAGCUUCCUGCCUGGUAUCAGAUUGGAUGCACUGGCCAGGCUAUCUCAUAGUCUGGUACUCACUGCCAGUAGACUGAAUCAGGUAGACAGUCAGCUCUCGGUUACUGCGGGAGAGAGUGCUAGUCUAACUGCCGGUACGGUGAAGCGGGCUAGAGCCAGGAGUACGGGAUUGUUUGAAGGCCUUUCCGGUUUCAGCCAACUAUAUAUAGUGUCAAGGAAUAUAAUUUAUUUUGGGCAAGUAAAGUCAAAAGAAAGGGCUCUAUUCAAAAAACUAGUUCCUGACUCCAAUCAGUCAACUACGGGCGGUAAAAGAGCUGGUAGUGAAUCUUCGGCGCAAGCUGUAGGAGUAGGACUAGUUUAG